AUGAAUAGUAAGCCGAAUGUUGGUUUGAGUCUGCUGUGGGUAGGGAUGUUUUUUGGGUUCCUGAGUCUGCUCUUCUUCAUAAAUCGUCCACUGCUGGCUAUCAGCAACGUGUUGCUGGUAUUGGGGUUUUUGUUUCUGAUGGGCGCCGGCAAGUUCUUCACGUUCUUCGGGAAGAAGAUCAAGGGCACGAUGCUGUACUGGAUAGGCUUUGUGCUUCUGAUGAUAAAGCUGGAUUCGGACAGCCUGAUGACCCAGAUGAGCGUGCAGUUCGUGGGACUGCUGGUGCAGAUGUUAGGGUGCUACUUGCUCUUCGAGGAGUUUCUGCCGAACCUGAUAUCGUACCUGCAGUUGACGCCAUUCAACAAGGUGCUGAGGGCGCCAGUGGUAAAGACGUGUGUGAAUUUUCUGGAUAAGAAGACGACUCAUCUGCCGAGUUAA